AUGGGGAACACUUUAAUCUUAGCAAUUUCAGUUGUUCUCUUGAUCCUUUCAUUCGGAUCGGCGUAUGGAAUGAGAAUAGAAUUAUUCUCAGACAAGGGACAGGACAAGUCCGAUGAUGGAAUAUGCAAAUCGAUGGCUGAGCCGCAUAAUUAUGUCUGCGAGGAGCAUACCGUAAGGACAGGAGACGGUUAUAUCCUCGGCCUGCAGAGAAUUCCUGUGGGACAAUCUGGUGGGACCUCAAGGGACCGACCACCAGUUCUGUUGCAGCAUGGAAUCCUGGCGGACGGAACCACAUGGAUCCUACUCCCACCGGGGAAGUCGCUGGCGUUCCUACUCGCUGAUAAUGGAUUUGAUGUAUGGAUAGCUAACUCCCGAGGAACAGCAUCCAGUGGGCAUGUAUCUCUCAGUCCCAGUGAUGCAGCCUUCUGGGAUUGGUCAUGGGACAAACUGGCAUCUUUCGAUCUUCCUGCUGCAUUUGCUUAUGUGCACCAGCAAACAAAGCAGAGGGUCCAUUAUGUUGGUUACUCUCAGGGGAGUUUGAUUGCUUUAGCUGCCUUAUCGAAGAAGCACCUACUAAGCAUGCUGAGAUCGGCAGCAUUGCUUAGCCCUAUCUCUUACAUGGGUCACAUAAGCUCCCCGCUCGUGAGAGUUGCUGCUGAAAACUUCAUGGCUGAAAGACUUUACCAGUUGGGUCACAACGAGUUCAACCCGAUAGGGGAUGCUGCAACGAAGAUGCUAAAGGAUAUAUGCCAAAAGUCAGGAAUUGACUGCAGCAAAUUUCUCACAGCUUUCACAGGCCAAAACUGCUGCAUCAACAAGUCGAUUGUGCAGGCUUUCCUCAACCACAAGCCUCAGUCAAGUUCCAUGAAGAAUAUGGUCCAUCUUUCACAGAUGAUGAGGAAUGGAACCAUCUCAAUGUACAACUACGGAGAAAAAGACGAGAACAUCCAACACUACGGGAAACCGAGGCCUCCAUCGUACGACAUGAAAAGCAUCCCCAAUGACGUACCUCUUUUCCUGAGCUACGGUGGGGCUGAUGCUCUUUCGGAUGUUAAGGAUGUGAAGCUGUUGCUGAAGAGCCUCAGUGACCACGAUGGGGACAAGCUUGUUAUUCAGUACCAGGAAGAUUAUGCACACCUCGACUUUAUUAUGGCUGAGAAUGCCAGGGAGAUUGUGUACGAUCCUCUAGUGGCAUUUCUGACGCUUCAGUGAGGAACCUUGAGAUCCAAGAAAGAACCAUCUUUUCAGUUGGUUUUCCUUCGAGGUUGCUGCUGAUCAUCUUUUAUGUGCAAAGAGAUCAGACUGAUGGAAAAUUCUAAACUCGGUUAGAGAUGGAUUGAUAUUUGUAAAUGUACCUAUAUACAUGUGUGUGUCUGUGUGUGUGUAUCAAGUUUGCAAUGGUUCUCUAUAGAUAGGUUGUGAAUAGAUUUCGGAAAAUAAAGGUGAGUUUGGUUUAUGGAAGAGUGGCAAUGAACUACGGGGUCAAGCUUUGUCCUUUUCGUAGUACUAAUUCGAAACAAGCCCUUGAUGACAAAAUUUGAGAACAGGAAUCAGCACAUCUUUUCGUCUUGUCCACUUGUUCUGAUUCCAUGGCAUGUUAU